AUGCAUCCAGGGGAAAGUAGCAAGAGAUCGGUGCCUCCAGCGCUCGGCAGCGGAGGCUGCAUCGACGCCUUGCCUGACGGCGUACUCGGGCACAUCCUCGGCUUCCUCCCAGCGCCGGAGGCCGUGCGGACGUGUGUUCUCGCUCGGCGCUGGCGCCACCUCUGGAGGACCGCAACUCGCCUGCGCGUCGGUAACUGCAGUGAGUAUGAUGGGACAUCGGUGAAGGAGCAACGGGAGUUUGUGGACCAUCUGCUCCUCCUCCGUGGAAGUUCGCCUCUGGACAUAUGCGAGUUUGGGAUCGGUGAAUCACAUGAAUUACAUUCCGACGAUGUGUCGUGGGUGAAUCUCUGGUUCCGUCAUGUCGUGAUGUGCAGAGCUCGGGUGCUGAGGCUGCAUGUGUUUUGCCACAUGUUUCUUGAGCUAGACGACCUGCCUCUCGUUUCUCAGCACCUGACGAAGCUAUACCUUUGCUACGUACGGGUCCAGAAUAGUUUUCUCAACUUCUCCAGCUGUCCGGCCUUGGAACAUCUUGAGCUGGUUGAUUGUGAUCUCAAUUAUGUUGACAAGAUCGCUUCCAAAUCCCUAAAGCAUCUGAGUUUGACUGAUUGUGGUUUUGAACAAGUUUUUGACCAAUUUUGCCGCAUUCGCAUUUAUACCCCAAGCCUAGUCUCACUACAUCUGGAUUCCUUUGAGACUACUCCCAUAUUUGACAGCAUGCCAUCAUUAGUGAAGGCAUUUGUCCGAAUAACUGAGGGUUGUUGGGAUUUCUGUUAUAAACCAGACGAUUUGGAUUGUACUUGCCUGUUGUGUGAUGGUUCUGAUAGCCGAGGUAGUUCUGUGCUUCUAAAAGGUUUAUCUCAAGCUCAGAGUUUGGUGUUGAUUUCUGCACCCAACCAGAUUACUUUCAAAAGUGAUUUGAGAUGGUGCCCUAUGUUUAGCAAUUUAAAGACCUUGUUGCUCAAUGACUACUGGUGUACACCUGACGAUUUCAGUGCAUUAGCUUGUAUUCUUGAAUACUCACCAGUUCUUGCGAAGCUUACACUUGAACUCUUUUCUGAGGGGCCUAAGUAUAAAGUGGAAAUGAAAGGAAGGUACAAUUUGAUGGAGAGAUCAGCUAAAAUUUCAGAAAACCUUAACAUUGUUGAAGUGAAAUGUCAAGUUGUUGAUGAGAGAGUUCUCGAAGUUUUGAAGUUCCUGUGCACCUUUAACAUAAGUUUCACUUUCUGA